AUGGCUGCUGUCUACCAGCAACCCAUCCAGGUAGUGACGGUCGCCACCACUAAUAAAAACUCCGGACGAUGGAGCACCAACCUCUGUAAUUGCUGCUCUGAUAUGCACACCUGUUGCUAUGGUCUUUGGUGUUUCCCCUGCAUGCAGUGUGAGACAGUCAGUAGACAUGGAUGGUGCUGUGUCUUGCCUCUCCUGGACGGUUGCUGUGUGGUGUCCUACUUAUUCCGCAAGUCCAUCAGGGAGCGCUACAACAUCCCUGGUUCAUCCUGUGCCGACUGCUGUCAAAUAUUUUGGUGUUACGAGUGUGCUUGGUGCCAGAUGCAUCGUGAGCUGAAAAUCAGGGCCAGGCAGGCACCUGCCAUCUUGACGGUGGUCACCACGCAGGUCAUCCAUGGAUAGAAUAUCAACCUCGUGUGUCAAGUGCAUGUCACUUUUUCUUAAUUAAACUUAUUUGUCAUAAUAUUGCAAUUAAAAAACAUUUAGUUGUUUGUACAGCUUGAAAUGAAAGCAAAGAAAUGUAGCCCCUUUGUAUCUGCUUUUUCAUAGCAUUGCAGAGGUCAUUGCGAGUGCUAGCAUGGUGUAGGUGAUACGUGACAGCCACAUUAGUUGCUUUACUUUUAGAACAUUUUUAUUACGAAGAUGUUUGAACUUUUCAUAAAUGCUUUGUUAGUGCAUUAAAAUUGAGGAUAUAUCAUGACAUAGCGUAUAAUAUCAUCACUUUCUUCCAAUCGUUCCCCAACUGGGUUUAAGCU